AAUAUUUAUUUAAAUACCAUGAGGUCGCUGCUUGUUAGCAUAACAAAAUUGCAAGUAAAGAUGUCAUACACUCACAAGCCUGGAGGUGACGCGCCUUCACCGUAGCCAUGACAGAAAGAAGUCAGGGCAGGAGUCAUUAGUGCUUUGGCCGCAUAAGGAAUGUAAAUGUCUGAGGACAAGGAAGCCCAGGAGGAUGAGCUGCUUGCUUUAGCAAGUAUCUACGAUGAAGAGGAGUUUCACCGGGCAGAGUCUGCACAGGGGGGAGAGAUCCAGCUCUGUCUGGAGCUCCCACCAGAUUUCAAAGUGGUAGUCAAAGGAGAGAAUAAAACUGAAUAUAAUGUCUCCUUCCUACCUCCUUUGGUGGUCAACUUUGAGAUUCCUGCAGACUAUCCCUCUACAUCCCCACCACUCUUCACUCUCAGCUGUAAAUGGAUGACCAGAGCACAGAUGAGCUCUCUAUGCCGACGACUGGAUGAGCUGUGGGAGGAGAAUCAGGGCUGUGUGAUUCUUUUCACAUGGAUCCAGUUCCUCAAAGAAGAGGCUCUGGGCUUUCUGGGUAUCCAGUCGCCUCUUGAAAUCAUAAGGGGAGGAAGUAAAGCAGCUAUGGUGCAGUUUGGGGGCCAUCCUGAAAAAGCAGAAGAAAAGAAAAAAGAAUUGAUGAAUUCCAAGUCUGAACAGAAGUUUUCAUCGUCUUCUCAGCUGGACCCGAGGACUGUCCUUUUGAUGGACCCGCGUGCCGACCUUCUACCUCAGCUCCUAGACUUUGACGAGGCGCAGCGGCAGAGGGUGUUCGACAGCAGAGUGUUCUGCUGUGGAAUCUGCUUUGUAGAGAAGCUGGGCUCAAACUGUCUCUGCUUUAAGGAGUGCCAACAUGUAUACUGCAAGGCCUGCAUGACUGAAUACUUCCAGAUCCAAAUACGGGAUGGCAAUGUUCAGUGCCUUAACUGCCCGGAGCCCAAAUGUACCUCUUUAGCCACACCGUCACAGGUGAAACAGCUCGUGGAUGCGGAGCUGUUUGCCAGAUAUGACCGUUUGCUCCUUCAGUCCAGUUUGGACCUUAUGGCUGAUGUGGUUUACUGUCCCCGUCAGUCCUGUGGCACCGCUGUAAUGAUGGAGCCAGACACAACCAUGGGCAUUUGCUCAGCAUGCCAGUAUGCUUUUUGCACACUGUGCAAGCUCGGGUAUCACGGUGUCUCCCACUGUAAAAUUCGUGCAGAGGAACUGCGUAACCUGAGAGACGAGUACCUGUCGGCUACUGCUUCGGGGCAAAAGUUCAUGGAGCAACGCUAUGGGAAAAGGGUGAUCCAGAAAGCAGUUGAGGAGUCCUUUAGCAGAGACUGGCUCAGUGAGAACUGCAAAUGCUGCCCGCGCUGUGGAACCAAUAUACAGAAAGUUGAUGGCUGUAACAAGAUGACCUGCACCUCUUGUAAGCAGUACUUCUGUUGGCUAUGCCUGGGCGUCCUCAGCAAAGUCAACCCAUACAGUCACUUUAACAACCCACAUUCACCUUGUUACAACCAGCUUUUUCUCGGUGUGGAUCCUGAUGAAGAUGAUGAUGCCUUCUGGAGUGAUGAGGAGGACUGACACUGUGCAGUGCUUCACUGCUGUAUGCUCAAUUUGAACGCACUUUAUCUCUCACCUAGCCAUCACUUCAUCUGUGACUCUCACUAUGCCUGCAUUGGCCAAACAGUGCAACUACAGCCACCAUAACCCUACCAUGUCACUAUUAUGUCUGUUUUUUGGUUUUGUUUUUCCAAGCGGGUCAGGGAUCUUGGAUGACAACAUUUUUUCAGUAAACCUGACAUGUCAUGUAUUGCGAUAUAAAGAAUUAGGGAAAGAAACAGCUGUCAUAACUUUGGCUAAUGGUAACAUUAAAAUUGCUGUUUUGGUUUGUACAUCAAUGAUGGGUACUUAGAUUGGCAGCACAGUUUUCUGCACAUGACUGGGUCACUGGGCUAAAUCAUUGGAAAUGCUGGUUGAAUUUCAGAUUUAUACAGGUCAACAUUAUAUUGGUUGUACAUGUCUAGAUUGUCUCUUUUCAAGUAGACAUGCACCUCCUGUCCUGCAGGUUUUUACAGGUUAGGAAUUGAUCAUGGAACCACUAGUUAAGCUCAGUUUGCUAAAUUUCAGGUGCUUUUUCUGCCUUUCCAGUGUUAAGAGGAAAACUGGGACCGUCUUUGUCCCACUUUGUCAUUAUUCACGUCAUAUUAA